AUGAGUCCUGUUUCAAGUCACAAUCAUCAUCACUCAAAUGGCAAUGGUACAACAACGUACGAUUCGAAUGGUAAUGAUGAAAUCAAACAGGAGGUAAAAGAAGAACCGAUGUUGUCUGAUGACAAUGCCACUUUCGCCGAAAUUAUGAAAAGCAGUAAGAAGAAGAAUAAAAACAAAAGGAAAGCUGCUGAAAGUGGGUCGGAUAGUGAAGGAGAGUAUAAACCUGAAAAAAGGAAAUCGGCGUCUUCUUCUAAGAAGAACGGAAAGAAAGAAGAAAGUGAUGGUGAUGAAUCGGAUGAUUAUAAACCAGAAAAAAAGAAACAAAAAAAGAGUAAUAAAAAGAAGAAUCGCGGUAGUAGUGAUGAGGAAUCAGAUGCUGAUUAUAGCGAGGAAGAUGUAAAACCUCCGGUGAAACAAGAAGACGGAACGUCGUCAGCUACUUCUGAAGACGGCUCUGAUUCCGAAGAGACAGAAGAAGAACGAAAACAAAGAGAGAAAGAAGAACACAGACGGCGGAAACAGGAAAAGAAGGAAAAGAAACGACGAGAGAAAGAACGGAAAAAAAAGGUUAAGAAGGAAGAAGAUGAAUCAGAAGACAGUGACGACGAGGAAGACCAGAAAACGAAGAAAAAGAAGUCAAAAACCGCGGAGAAGAGCAAGCCAAGCACAUCGUCAGCUAAGAAAGAUGUGAAGAAGGAGCCAUCAAAGAAGAAAGUGAAAGAGGAAGCGGAAGAUGUAUGGGAAUGGUGGAAGGAGGAUAAGAAACCUGACGGUGUUAAAUGGAAUUCUCUACAACACUGCGGGCCACUCUUCGCUCCGCCAUACGUUCCUCUGCCAGAUCAUGUCCACUUCAAGUACAACGGAGAACGAAUGAAGUUGAGCCUGGAAGCAGAGGAAUGUGCCACUUUUUAUGCUGGUGUUCUUGAUCACGAGUAUUCUACGAUGGAUGCAUUCAAUAAAAACUUUAUGAAGGACUGGAGAAAAGUGAUGACUACUGGAGAGCGGGAAAGAAUAGUCGAUUUGAAGAAGUGUGACUUCCGAGCUAUCGAUGUUUACCAGAAAGAGCAGCGAGAGAUUCGAAAGGCGAUGACCAAAGAAGAGAAGUUAAAGAUAAAAGAGGAAAAAGAAGGAGAAGUAAAAAUCUAUGGAAUAGCUGUAAUCGACGGACAUCGGCAAAAAAUCGCAAAUUUCCGGAUCGAACCACCUGGGGUUUUUCGCGGAAGAGGUGGACAUCCAAAAAUGGGAAUGCUCAAAAGGCGUAUUCGCCCGGAAGAUGUUAUCAUAAAUUGCGGCAAAGACACGGAAAUUCCGAAACCACCACCAGGUCACAAAUGGAAGGAAGUUCGACAUGAUAACACGGUCACAUGGCUUUGUUCUUGGACGGAAAGUGUUUUAGGGCAGAACAAAUACAUCAUGCUCAAUCCAUCUUCAAAAAUCAAAGGAGAGAAAGAUUAUGAAAAGUACGAGACUGCUCGGAGACUCAAAAAGAAGAUUGGUGGAAUUCGUGAAAGAUAUACAGAAGACUUCAAAUCAAAAGAGAUGAGAAUACGUCAACGCGCUACUGCUCUCUAUUUCAUUGAUAAAUUGGCUCUUCGUGCUGGUAACGAAAAAGAUGUUGAUGAGUCAGCGGAUACUGUUGGUUGUUGUUCACUUCGUUAUGAACAUAUCAAGCUAUUUGAUUCUGCGAAACUCAAUGAGACCGACAAGAAAGAAAAGGAGUUUGUCGUUGAAUUUGAUUUCCUCGGAAAAGAUUCUAUCCGUUAUUAUAAUCGAGUAGCUGUUGAGAAGCGUGUUUUCAAGAACUUGAAGUUAUUUAUGGAGAACAAAAAAGCCGGAGAUGAUCUUUUCGACAGAUUGGAUACUGCUACCCUCAAUGAGCAUUUAAGAAGUUUGAUGGAUGGAUUGACUGUAAAAGUGUUUCGUACCUACAAUGCUUCGAUUACAUUGCAAGAUCAGCUUUUGAAAUUGACAAAUCCCAAGGACAAUGUGGCUGCUAAAAUUCUUUCUUACAAUCGUGCUAAUCGUCAGGUUGCUAUUCUAUGUAACCAUCAACGGGCUGUCUCAAAAACCUUUGAUCAGUCUAUGGAGAAACUGGAGCAGAAGAUAAAAGACAAAAAGAAAGAAGUCAAGGAAGCUGAAGAAGCCUUGAAACAUGCUCGUGGUGCUGAAAAGGAAAAAGCUCAAAAGAAAUACGAUCGAUUGAAAGAACAGCUGAAGAAAUUGAAAAUUUCACGAACGGACAAAGAUGAGAACAAGCAAAUCGCCUUGGGUACCUCUAAACUCAACUACAUUGAUCCACGUAUUACCGUUGCCUGGUGCAAGAAGUACGAAGUGCCAUUAGAGAAGGUAUUCACCAAAACUCAUCGCGAGAAAUUCCGUUGGGCCAUCGACAUGACAAUGACUUCUGAUGAGGAGUUCGUCUUCUAA